GAGAACCGCCAGUCUGGUGAGGCAGCACCAAUACUAGCACAAUACUCGACAGAAUCCGUGUCUGAGUAGUGCUUCGUCCCACAAGAUUGCUUUGUUCCCUCUUUGUUCCUCGUAUUCACCCCAAGAUACCGCCAGAAUGAGUCGAAAAUCCUCAUCGACUGCGGCCGCCAAAAAUUCCUCCGCAGGCACAGCGGUGUCGUCAAUAUCUGCGACUUCACAAAAAUCCUCAGUGCUGAAGUCCUCCUUUGCACCUUCUCAGCUACAGUUACGGCUGUUUGCUUCGGUCAUCCAAAGUUUCGACUCACAGCAGUUGCGCAUACAUGACACCACGACCGGUCGCUUACGCUGCCAGCACGAGACUAGACCCGGCUCCAGAAUUACCUGUCUCGAUUGGGGCUACUAUGGUGCUGCCUAUCGGGAUCAAAAGCAGAACAAGAAGCGCAAGAGGGGUCAAGACAAGACUGAAGGUGCAGUCGUUGCAUAUGGAACGAGUACUUCAGAGAUCUGCAUGUUUUCACCAGCUGAGGCCAAGGUAAUCGGCACAUUGAGUGGUGGGCAUGAAAGGACCGUCACGGACUUCAAAUUCUCCCCUUCUACAGACUAUCGAGAAGGGUGGAGUAUAGGUGAAGACCAAAAGCUCAUACAGUGGGAUCUCAGCAAGAAUCAGGCGAUAAGAACGCUCAAUAUUCCAGAAGCUGUCAAUGUGCUUGCAACUCCCUCGCCCAACCCCUUCCAGAUACUAUGUGCAUCAUCUACUCCGAUAGCAUACGAUUUCGACGCCGAAGGAGAACCCCACCUGUCUCGAUUCGACUCGUUCAAGAACUCGAUCCACUCCUUGUUCAGAUCCGGCAUCAAGGCGGGCUCGGAGGAAGAGUUCUUCCUCGCCUCAGAUUCAGAUAGAUACAUCAACGUCUACAGCCUGCAGAACAGAAAUUUAGUACGAACAUUGGUCGCCGGAAGUGGAGUUAUCGCCGCAGAUGUGUACGACCCAUCCGAAGACGUCGUGCAGAUACGGCGAAAACAACUCUUAAGUGUAUUGACGAAGGAUGGGACUGUGGAAUUAUUCUGGCAACCAUUCGCCCAGGCAGAACAAAUAAAUGGCGACUUGAAGUCUAGCAGGAAAAACCUCACAAGGAAAGCCGGUGCCUCAAUCCGCUUGGUGAGCCCAGACCCCAAGAGCAAGCAUGUACCCAUAUUUGCUGCGUCUAUCCAGGGUCAUGACAUUGUGGUUGCCUCGGCAGAUAGUGGUGCCGAUUUCUCGUUCCAAAAAAUCAGAUGGCAAGACGAAGGCAAUGGACAACUCCUGUUUGGCGGCCAGAAGGAUGUUGUCAAAGUGCGGAGUGCAUCCACUUUGAAUACAGCCACUCUGAACGGUGUCAAGGAUAUGGGCAAGUCUCAUGUCGACGAGUCCAAGACCGUGGUCGUCAAUAGUGGAUCUCAGCCCGUCACUAUCGACCUCUCAAGCGAUGAGAGCGAGGAUGAAGCCGAGGAGGUCGACGACGAUGAUGAAGAAGAUGAAGAGCAGUCCCCCACCGACACCCAAGCUGCCUCAAAUGACGUCGAGCAAGACUUGGAUGAAGCGUCUGAAGUUGAAGCAGAUUCAGAUGAAGAAAUGGCAGAAGCCGAUGCCGUCGACGCAGCGUCCGACGAAGAAAUGGCCGACCCAGAAGCAGAGCCCACUUUCGGCGAACUCCUCGCGUCCCGUCAUCCCACAGAGAUCUCAAUCUCCUCGGCCCUCCCUCCUGACGCUUCCACUCUCACUAUCAAGUCCGGCAACCCUGUAAUCCCGAGCGGCAUGUCUCUUGGGACCGUACUCACGCAGGCCCUGCGCACAAACGACAACAAUCUCCUCGAAGCGUGCCUACACACGCUCGACAUCACCAUUGUCAAGAACACCAUCCAGCGUCUCGACCCUGGUCUUGCGGGCGCUCUGCUCUCGAAACUCGCCGAGCGCCUGGCUUCUCGACCCGGUCGGUACGGCAACCUGAUCGCCUGGGUCCAAUGGACGUGCAUCGCGCAUGGCGGGGCGAUUGCCGCGCAGCCGGAUGUCACGGGCAAGGUGCGCACUUUGUAUCAGAUUCUCGGCCAACGGGUCCGCUCAAUGGAUAGUCUGUUGCUCUUGAAGGGGAAGCUGGAUAUGCUGGAUGCCCAGUUGCGGUAUCGCAAGGAUGUUGUUGCUCAGCAGGGUGCAAGGAGAGGAGAUAGAAAUGAACCUGGGAUGAUCUAUAUUGAAGGCGCCGACGGAGGGGAUAAUUGGGACAGUGAGGAUGAGGACGACGAUCUGGACGAAGGCUUGGAGACUAUCAGGCCGAGUAAGCGGGCCAAAGGGCGAAAAGCGCUUGAAGAUCUGAUCAGUGAAGAGGGCGAGAGCGAAAAUGAAGAUGAGGAUAAUGAGGAUACGAUGCCUCUUGAAAAUGGAGUCGCUGAGGAAAGCGAGGAGGAUGAAGACGAAGACGAAGAUGAAGAUAAUGAUGCUGUCGGAAUCAACGGAGUGGUUGAUGUUGAAGCUGAAGUGUCCAGCGCCGAGGAGUCUGACCCGGAUGACGUGGGCGGCGAGGUUGCGGAUGAAUCCGAGUCCGAGGUCUCUUCGGAUGAAGAGCGCAGCAACGAAGCAGAGGACGACGACGACGAGGACUCGGAGAUGGACAGCUUCAUCAAUGACGGCGAGAUUGAGAUGGCGAGUGAUGAGGACGAUGUGCACGUCGAAGGUGACAGUGAGUCAGAAGAGGUGCAGGCUCCGCCCGAGCCAAAGUCGACGAGCAAGAGUCCGAAGAAAAUGAAGGGUAGAAAGAGCUGAAAAGUCGAAGAGCAAGAAUUCGAAGAAGAAGGGUGGAAAGAGCUGAGGCACUGUCCUUGCAUAUCGGAGUGUUCAAUUCACCUUGAGAUACCGCAGGGGCCUGUGGUUGUGAGCAUGGCUUUUCAGGGAGCAUGGAUGUGGAUACCGUAAGCUCGGUUCAGGACUUGGACAUGGAUACGGCUACCUCGUGGGUUGAACGCAUCAAAAGUGAUGUCUUGUUUGCAUAGAGACAUGGUGUUAUAAUCAGCAUGAACAGCAUCAAAGGAACAUUUCGGAAAAGCAUGUUGGACUUGACGGAAGCGAUGAUAUUGAUGCUACGGCAUCACUGCCCAUAUGCGAUAUCCUAUGAAUAGAGGUAGACAAUACUGCCAUUGCUC